UCACGGGCGUGCGCGUUGGGGGGUGCUGACGUCACUGCUGUAUGCGGCUGGCGAUGGCGGAGCAGCUGCUGAUGAGAGACCGAGAUUCAUAGACAAAUCGUCUAUGGCAACAACUGCGUCUUUAGAUCGAAGUUCGUCCUCAGGACACGGUCAUAUGCGACUAAAGGACAUCGGGAAAAUAUCCGAGCGAUGUCUUACCUCUGACUAAAGACCACACAGACUAACAAGUCAACGCAGGUGGAUGAUCCAAGUCCAGUCGGGGAGCGCCUUGGGAAUGAGGCUGAGAGAAAUACAGUUAUGAAUCGGUAGCUAAUAAUAUUUUUACAUGAUUGAGUAAGAGGAAAACCGGAUGCGAGAGAAACGGCGAAGGGUGUCUUUUUGGAUGGCGAGUUAAGCUACUGUUGAGACCAGGGACUAAAAAGGACGAAUGAGGAUGGAGUGAUGCUGGCGUCAGGCAAUUCGAAUAGAGGAAUUGUAUAAACGAAUUCUAGCACCCUGCUUGGGUUACUGUGUUGCUGGUUAGCUAGCUCAGCUGGGGAAGAGGGCACAAUAGUCUCAUUCCAGUUUUUUUUUUUUUUUUUACAUAGGCGAAUUUUCUUACGUUAAAGGACGCGAUCAAAUCUGCUUAAUAUGAACAAUUUACGGAUUUUUUUUGCGAUACGUGAGAGAUGGGAUGAGAAAUGUGAAUGUCAAAUUAGCAACCUAAUUUGCUAGCUAACUAGCCAGUCAUCUUGUUGGUACUGUUUGAAGAUUCAUCUAAACCGUAUGCCCAUUGGAAAUGUAAGAUCUCUCAGAAAUAGUAUUGACAAGCUAGCAUCGGCCACUCCGCGCGUAAUCGUUAACGUGUUAGUCAGCUAAUAAUGCAUUCACAAUAUCAUAAGAUAUUAACGGGUCACAGCCAGAAGCAAACCACCCAGCACUGAUGUUCAACGUGCAUGUGAUCGUUUUAUCAAAGCAUAACCGCUCUAAACCUAUGUAACCGAUAUGGCACAAUUAAAGUAAAACAAGCGAACAGCUUCAAGAGUGCAAACGUGUUUUUGUGUGCAAAAGAAGAGUCGAGCGCGCGUGCAGUCUCGCCGGCACUGAGACCCUGUCGCCAAACAGCGCUGAAAAUGGGGACUCCAGCCCUGGGAGUUGGGCGCGCGGGUCAUUUUAUGAACUUAAUAAUUCAUGAACACUUAAGGACCUGACUUGGAAGGCGCUUUUACGGAAGCAAUAGCAACUAUGUCUUGCUCUCAGCGAGGACCUGCUGAUGACUAUUACCUGUGAAAUGUUUUUAUUGUCAGUGACAAGGAAGUAGUGGCGAUUAGUAAACACAUGCAGUCAUACCUGGAAGGGCAUCUUGCUGUUUUUGCUAGUUUUCCACAACAGUUCGUCGGUUUUUUCCACACUGCCUCAGGAUAAAGUUGUGAGUUGUUUGAAUGGAGCAGGUUUUGGUGUCUAGCCCAACUGGGCGUUCGGAGUGGGAACGGGAACAGAAUCCGGCUCUGGGGUUUCUUCUCUUAGAUCCAGAUAAAGGGGCCACUUUGCCCCAGGGGGACACAGGAAGUCGGGAACCGGGGCUGGACUUCCGUAAGGCGGAGAAAGAGCUGGUGUCUCUAAGCCUCGACGAGAUCCUUCAGGAGAAUGCCUUGUGUCUAGACGACCUUUUCCGGAGCUCCAGGUACCCCUGGGACAAAGGGGCAGUGUGCUCUGUGUUGCAGUGGGAGACGCCCUCCAUUCCGGCUCAGGAUUUCCCUCGCUGCAUGCCGGAGUCGCUGAGCAUCUGUGGCAGGGCUGAGGACCUUCUGGACGUGAGCAACUCUCCCUGCACACAGGGCUCAACCUGCCCUCAGGAUUCCAGCGAGGACAAUUUUUCAGUCGGGGAUCACAAUUCCGCGGGGCCAAUUCAUUUCCACAGCAGCUCUGAAGAGCUUAUUGAUUUUGGCGACACUCAGUCACCUCUGCAGGUGUUGGCGAGCACCCCAGAUUCCAGCAGGGAAGAUUUAUCUUUAUUAGAAACUGUUCAGAGGCUUGAGUGCACCUCCACAGGUUCUUCUGUCUACCCCUAUGGUCAGGCUAGUCUCCAGGAUGUCAGCGCAGAGGCUAGCCCGCAGGAUAUGAGCACAGAGGCUAGCCAACAGGGUGUUAGCACAGAGGCUAGCCUGCAGGAUAUGAGCUCAGAGGUUAGCCUGUGGGAUAUGAGCGCAGAGUCUAGCCGACAGGAUAUGAGCGCAGAGGCUAGCCAACAGGCUGUUAGCACAGAGACUAUCCUGCAGGAUAUGAGUGCAGAGGUUAGCCUGCAGGAUAUGUGCGCAGAGGCUAGCCAACAGGCUGUUAGCACAGAAGCUAGCCAACAGGCUAUUAGCACAGAGGCUAGCCAACAGGGUGUUAGCACAAAGGCUAGCCUGCAGGAUAUGAGCUCGGAGGUUAGCCUGUGGGAUAUGAGCGCAGAGUCUAGCCAACAGGCUGUUAGCGCAGAAGCUAGCCAACAGGAUAUGACUGCAGAUGUCAGCCCACAGGAUAUCAGCAUUGAGGUUAGCACGCAGGAUAUGAGCGCAGAGGUUAGCUCACAGGAUAUGAGUGCAGAGUCUAGCCAACAGGGUGUUAGCACAGAGGCUAGCCCACAGGAUUUGAGUGCAGAGGUUAACCUGCAGGAUAUGAGCGCAGAGUUUAGCCAACAGGCUGUUAGCACAGAGGCUAGCCAACAGGGUGUUAGCACAGAGGCUAGCCCACAGGAUAUGAGCGCAGAGGUUAGCCUGCAGGAUAUGAGCGCAGAGUCUAGCCAACAGACUGUUAGCACAGAGGCUAGUCCACAGGAUAUGAGUGCAGAGGCUAGCCAACAGGAUAUGAGCGUGGAGGUUAGCCUGCAGGAUAUGAGUGCAGAGGCUAGCCCACAGAGUGUUAGCGCAGAGGCUAGUCUGCAGGAUAUGAGUGCAGAGGCUAGCCAACAGGGUGUUAGCACAGAGGCUAGUCCACAGGAUAUGAGUAUAGAGGUUAGCCUGCAGGAUAUGAGCGCAGAGGCUAGCCAACAGGGUGUUAGCGCAGAGGCUAGUCCACAGGAUAUGAGUGCAAAGGUUAGCCUGGUGGAUGUGAGUGCAGAGGCUAGCCAACAGGCUGUUAGCACAGAGGCUAGUCCACAGGAUAUGAGCGCAGAGGCUAGCCAACAGGGUGUUAGCGCAGAGGCUAGUUUGCAUGAUAUGAGCGCAGAGGCUAGUCCACAGGAUAUGAGCGCAGAGGUUAGCCUGCAGGAUAUGAGCGCAGAGUCUAGCCAACAGACUGUUAGCACAGAGGCUAGUCCACAGGAUAUGAGUGCAGAGGCUAGCCAAAAGGAUAUGAGCGUGGAGGUUAGCCUGCAGGAUAUGAGUGCAGAGGCUAGCCCACAGGGUGUUAGCGCAGAGGCUAGUCUGCAGGAUAUGAGUGCAGAGGCUAGCCAACAGGGUGUUAGCACAGAGGCUAGUCCACAGGAUAUGAGUAUAGAGGUUAGCCUGCAGGAUAUGAGCGCAGAGGCUAGCCAACAGGGUGUUAGCGCAGAGGCUAGUCCACAGGAUAUGAGCGCAGAGGCUAGCCAACAUGGUGUUAGCACAGAGGCUAGUCCACAGGAUAUGAGUGCAAAGGUUAGCCUGGUGGAUGUGAGUGCAGAGGCUAGCCAACAGGCUGUUAGCACAGAGGCUAGUCCACAGGAUAUGAGCACAGAGGCUAGCCAACAGGGUGUUAGCACAGAGGCUAGUCCACAGGAUAUGAGUGCAAAGGUUAGCCUGGUGGAUGUGAGUGCAGAGGCUAGCCAACAGGCUGUUAGCACAGAGGCUAGUCCACAGGAUAUGAGCGCAGAGGCUAGCCAACAGGGUGUUAGCACAGAGGCUAGUCCACAGGAUAUGAGUGCAAAUGUUAGCCUGGUGGAUGUGAGUGCAGAGGCUAGCCAACAGGCUGUUAGCACAGAGGCUAGUCCACAGGAUAUGAGCGCAGAGGCUAGCCAACAGGGUGUUAGCGCAGAGGCUAGUUUGCAUGAUAUGAGCGCAGAGGCUAGUCCACAGGAUUUGAGCGCAGAGGUUAGCCUGCAGGAUAUGAGCGCAGAGGUUAGCCUGGUGGAUAUGAGUGCAGAGUCUAGCCAACAGGGUGUUAGCACAGAGGCUAGCCUGGUGGAUAUGAGUGCAGAGGCUAGCCAACAGGCUGUUAGCACAGAGGCUAGUCCACAGGCACAGGAUAUGAGUGCAGAGUCUAGCCAACAGGGUGUUAGCGCAGAGGUUAGCCUGGUGGAUAUGAGUGCAGAGGCUAGCCAACAGGCUGUUAGCACAGAGGCUAGUCCACAGGAUAUGAGUGCAGAGGUUAGCCUGGUGGAUAUGAGCGCAGAGGUUAGCCUGGUGGAUAUGAGCACAGAGGUUAGCCUGGUGGAUAUGAGCGCAGAGGCUAGCCUGGUGGAUAUGAGUGCAGAGUCUAGCCAACAGGGUGUUAGCGCAGAGGUUAGCCUGGUGGAUAUGAGCGCAGAGGCUAGCCUGGUGGAUAUGAGCGCAGAGGCUAGCCUGGUGGAUAUGAGCGCAGAGGCUAGGUCACUGGGUGUCGGAGUAGAGCAGUCGCAAGUCGAGGGGGGCGGUCUCAGUCCCUCGUCACAAGGCGGAGAGUCUCUGUCACCUGAAACCGGGGACAAAGGUUUGUUUUGCGAGCUGGCCGGUGAGCUGCUCACUUUGUACAGCUGUUUCCAGGAGUCUUCAGGCAGGACUGCUGAGAGAGGCCAGGCCAGCAGCAGCAGCAGCAGCAGUCUGCCUGCUGAGGCUCUGGAAGUGGAAGGAUCUGCGUGGCUCUUUGAGAUUAGCGCUGCGUGCCGUGACCACUGUCCCAGCCUAACAGACGGUGAAGAUGUGCUCUUGAGCUCGCCCGACUGCGCAGAGAUUCCGGAACCCGGCGCGACCGGGACCGGGACUGGGACUGGCGGGUUUUCUCUGCCCCGCCCUCCGUCCCCACAACCUCAGGAUUACAGGGGGCCCCCCGAUGGAGACGCCCCCUGCCAGGGUGACCUGGACGACAGCGGCUUGGGCUCAGAUCCGGACCCCUUAAUGGAGUACAGCCCGGUUCCGGAUCCGGAUGCGUCUGCCGGUGAAAAACGGCAGCACGGGCUGAUCCAGGAUCAGCGUUUGACUGCAGAGUCCGCGUACGACGGCGAAGCUUUGCGUCCCAAACCGCCCGAUGAAACGCUGUGUGGGCCUGGCUCCGAACCGGAGCUCCAUGUUAGGCACAGCGCUGUGCACGUUGGUUUGGAAUUUUCGAUAGAUGCACUUUACCAGAAACAGCACUGCUCCACCCAGCAGUCCCACGACCCUGGCUCGGCUCGGACUAGUGAACAGACGUUAGCGGGGCUGUCACUGCCUGGGGACGGGGUGUGUGCGGCCCUGUCUGUGGGGGGCUGUGAGUCCCAAAGCGAGGAUGAGCUGUCCCCUCUGAGGGCGGUGUUCAGUGCCCUGGACCAGGACCGGGACGGGUUUGUGCAAAUUGAAGAGUUUCUGCAGUUCGCCAAGGCCUACGGAGCAGAGCAGGUGAAAGAUCUCACGAGGUUCCUGGAUCCCAGUGGAUUGGGGGUGAUCAGUUUCGAGGAUUUCUACCGAGGGAUCGGAGCCAUUGGUAAUGGAGGCACGGACCCUCAGCUCUGUGACGUGGGAUUUCUCCCCCGGGAAGAGGCAUCUGGCUGUCCGGAGGAGUACGACGACUACGCCGCGUUUGAGCAGAACGAGGUGUCGGACAGCGCGUACCUGGGCUCGGAGAGCACCUACAGUGAGUACGAGACCUUCAUCGACGAGGACGCGGGAACGCUGCCACGCCCGGAGCUGCACGAGGAGGUGGAGACCGACAGCGCCAUCGAGUCCGCGCUCAACGACCCCGAGGAGGACGGGAGGAGGCUGUCCCUGGCCUCGGAGCUGAACAGCGUCUCCCUGGUGACGGUGGUGGAGCCGGGGGAGGAGCACUUUGAGGACUUUGGGGAAGGGCAUGAGUCUGAGCUGCUCCAGGACGGGCCGCUGCAGUCUGAGGGGGGCGGGGGCCCUGCCAGCCUGGUGCCGCAGCCCAGCCUGCUGCUGUCUCCCAGCGCUGACCCUUUCCCUGCUGGCUUUCAGAGCUUCCUCAGGGAGGAGCUUCUGGACUUCUUCUGUAGUCAGUGUCACAAACAGAUCAGCCGCCUGGAGGACCUCUCCACCCGCCUGAAUUUCCUUGAGAUGAAUAGCACCAGCAAGAGGUUGUCCAGCAGAAAGGUUGCCAGGCACCUCCUGCAGAGCGGCACGCUGUCCCUGGGCCCCACGGACGAGCUGACCCGUGACAUCCUGGACCUGGCCGACACCGACCUCAUCGACAAGGUGAUGUACCUGGAGAAGCGCGUGUCGGAGCUGGAGCAGGACUCGGCCUCCAGCGCGGAGCAGCACGUCCGCCUGCGGCAGGAGAACCUGCAGCUGGUGCACAGGGCCAAUGCUCUGGAGGAGCAGCUGAAGGAGCAGGAGGCGCGGGCGGAGGAGGACCUGCAGUUCGAGGUGCGCAAGCAGAAGGAGGCGCUGGGCAAGCUGGAGAGGGAGAGGGACAUGGAGCUGGAGAACCUGCAGACCAGACUCCAGCAGCUGGACGAGGAGAACUGUGAGCUACGGUCCUGUGUGUCCUGCCUGCACGCCAGCAUUGAGAGGAUGGAGGAGGAGAAGAGGAAGCUGCAGGACGAGACAGAGAACUUGACGGACAGGCUGAACGAGGAGCUGGAGGUGCAACGGAAAGUGUCCGGCAAGCUGUCCCACGAGCGACACAAAAGCCAGAAGGAGAAGGAGUGCACACAGGAGCUGAUAGAGGACCUGAGGAAGCAGCUGGAGCUGCUGCAGCUCUUUAAGCUGGAGGUGGAGACGCGGAGCGGCCGCUCCACCAGCGCCGGGCUGCAGGAGUACCAGACCCGCACCCGCGAGGCCGAGCUGGAGCAGGAGGUCCGCCGCCUCAAACAGGACAACCGUGGCCUGAAGGAGCAGAACGACGAGCUCAACGGGCAGAUCAUCACCCUCAGCAUCCAGGGGGCCAAGAACCUGUUCGCCGCGUCCUUCUCCGAGUCGCUGGCCGCCGAGAUCAACUCCGUGUCGCGGGACGAGCUGAUGGAGGCCAUUCACAAGCAAGAGGAGAUCAACUACAGACUGCAGGACUACAUCGACCGCAUCAUCGUCGCCAUCAUGGAAUCCAACCCCUCCAUUUUGGAAGUCAAAUAAAGGCCAGGUCAUCCCCCCCCCCCCCCCCCCAUCCACCCUCACGCCGACCCUGACACCUGAGGGAGGGGUCCCGCAGGGCCCACACACACCGGAUAUUAAAGGAGAGGGAACAAAUUCCCAAAUUUGAGACUAAAUCCUUUGUGGCGGGUUCGUGAAGGGUUCCCCCUGGUGGUGGGUGUUUUUGUUGCACCCUGGAGAAGGUGUAUUUUGGUUCCUGGGGAUCAGUGAGCUGCCAGCGGACCCCAUGGACCGGACGAGUCCGCGUGCACGCCGUGCGGUCUCCGUGACGCCCCCGGGGAGGGCGUGGCGGGGAGCUUUGGCGUGUCUGUGGCUUACUAUAGACCCUGGGGGGGGUGACCACCACCCCCCUGGAGUGGCCUCGUUUCACCCCCUGUUUUUGGGGGCCGGGUUGUUCGAGCGAAAGUGGUAAUUGACUGUUCCGGACUGGUUUGCUGAGGACCCCAGUUCCACCUGUCACCUGUCACCUGUCACAUGGCUAUAAGAGCACUGCACACUGUUAAUGAGUCGUCAUCAAACUGUUAAUCUGCUGCAGCUGGAGGUAUUCUGGGCACUAUGUCGCACUGUGGUGAGAUGUCCCUACAGCAGGCAGUGGGGUUUGCUCCGCCAUCUUGAUUCCUUACCUGGUUAAAACUAAGGGAGCUUCACCAGUUUAGUUUUGCACUCUUUAUCACAAAUGUUCACCUCAGUCACCUGUACUGUCUCUCAUAGGUGCACAUGCUAAAGUUUGAGGACCAAAAAUAUAAUUGGGAUUUUCACAAAUAUAUCAAUCAACUUUGGCAUCCAAAUAUGAUGUUAACACGCUUGAGUUUGCGCCAGUUUACAAGCUUUUUUGGAAUUCUUCACUAAGGUUUCUGCAGUCUUUCAGUCAGCUGUCCUGCACUAGAGGGGAGUGGAAGUAGGCACUUAUAGCACUUAGAAAAAUGUAACAAUGUCAAAAUGUUUGUAUUAAUAGCUGCAACACCACAAUAGGCUUCUACAGAGAUAAAAUCUACCUGUUAGCGGAGAGGUUGUGUCGAGUCUUUUUCCCUGAAAGUUUUGAGUGCUAGCCAUGCUGCCAGCCGAGUUGUUAGCCAUGCUGCUAGCCGUGCUGCUAGCCAUGCUGCUAGCCGUGCUACUAGCCAUGCUGCUAGCCGUGCUGCUAGCCAUGAUGCUAGCCGUACUGCUAGCCAUAUUGCUAGCCACGCUGCUAGCUCUUCUGCUAGCCGUGCUGCUAGCCGUGCUGCUAGCCAUGUUGCUAGCCAUGCUGCUAGCCGUGCUGCUAGCCAUGCUGCUAGCCAUGCCAGUCCCAGCCUGAAUCCCAUGGCUGAAAUGGAGUGACGGAGUAGACCGGGCCCAUUUUAAUGUUUCCCAUGAAAUGCGCCUCUUCCUGAGGGAAAUUUCCUGAAGCAGUCUGGCUCAGCUGCGGAGAACAGGGUAUCCUGCGGGUCUGCAUGACGAGGUGCUAAUGCUAAACAAACACACCCCUAGUGGAGGUGUUGGGACUCCACUCCACGUUCAUCGCACAUGUAUGGGGCACAUAUUGAACUCCACCCUGCAGUAUCAGCUAGCAAGAACACAGAUACACAGGAUCCAGCCGAUAGAAAUGCCAGCCUACAGAAAUGUCCAGCCAAUAGAAAGAGGGAACAUUUAGUGACACCACAACACAGGAAGAUACUAACUUAAAUGCACGGACGUUCCUGGGCAAUAACUAGAGGGCGUGGUAAGAGUGAGAACAGGAGCAGCACAGGACUGGGGAGCUAAAAGACAUCAGUUUUAUGGUGUGAGGAACCACCAACAAAGCUCCAUCUGAGUCACCCAUGAAAAAGACCACCUUAACCUCACCAGUUCUUCAAGGCAACUGUCGGAUUGAUUCAGUUUGAUUUAGUAUUUAAUUGGAACAUAGAGGCCAAACAGACUCUUGUCACUUGCCAACGAGUUGACGUGGACACAUCAUUGACGGGGACACUGAACAGGCACAAUGACUGUGGAUGUUAAAGAGGGAUGGGGUGUGGCAGCACUGUUGGGUGUGCAGGCGGUGCUCUGGGACCGCAAUGCUAAGCGUGGAAGAGGCCUUGGAUCUUGCCAUCUCACUCGCGCCCCAAAACGCUCACCGACUAUUCCUUUCUUUAUUCAGUACCUAAUGAAAUGGCCUUAGAUGUAAAUGGCUGUACAUGGCCACAGCUGGAGAAUUUUCUACCCUGUAGAUGUAGUUAUUUUUAUGGGAAGAGAAGGACAGCGCUAUUUGGUUGGGUUCUCCAUGGGGUCAUGCCUUCUCCUGGAGGAAUGGGAGCUCCAGUUCCCCUGCCUGGACUUUAUUUAUUUCCCUCCUGUGUAAAUACGAUGCAUGGUUCUGCCCUUAUUUCAGAAUCCAUCCCUCGGACUCCCCCUUUAAACCCACGGCAAGAGGGACCAUUAUAUUUUUAUCUCUUUUUUUUUUUUGUAUAGUGAAGGAAACUGAGCUUCUGAACAUCCCGUGUCAGUGCUGCGGUCCUGGGGGAGAGCCAUGUCAGUGCUGCGGUCCCAGCUCGGCUGUCUGUGGACUCGGUCCUGGGGGAGAGCUGUGUUUGUGGGGUGGGCUGUUUCUCCAAAACGUCUCGCUGGCGGGUUAGAUGCCCAAGGCCGCAGUUUAUCUGUUUGCAGCCAUGUAAGAUCUUUUCCUUUCUCCGAUUUAUCUUUCUGGGUAGCUGCUCGCUGUCGUGUCUGAAAUCCAGAGACCUGGAAAGUCGUCCGGUAGUCCGCUCCUUUUGUUUUUAGCCGUGCAGGACAAGGCUUUUCUGGGAAAGACCAGGACCACUGAACCGCUAAGAAACCAGAACCACGGACGGGUUUGGAGGAACACGCUUCUCAAGUAGACUUUUUUUUUUUGGCUAUCAGAUUUCUGGGGGUUUAAUGCUACUCUAUUCCUGUUCACAGAGGGGAACCGGUGGUAAAAUCAACUUACUGGUGUGGUUUUGACACCCUUUUCAUUGCACAACAAUUCAAUUAGUAGUUUUGUUUGUCUUUUCCCCACUGCAGGAUUUAACGUCAACUGAUGAAUGGAAAUUCGAGAUGCACUUUAGCACCACUUCAACAUCUCAUUUGUCCUGUUUACAAAAUUGCCAAAGAAUUUGCUUCUUGAGAAAUGACCUUUUCUCCGAGCGCUGGUAGCACCGGACUUUGAUCUAGUUUCCAUGGUAACAACAUUCUUGGACAGGAACCAUAAACAUGGAUUUUUUUUCCUGACGUUGUGACUGCACCACUUCAAAAUAAGGCUAAGCUUGCAAAAUUGAUAGAUUCGUUAUGACAUGCUCAUUCGUUAUGAUAAGACUCCAGUUUCUGGCUUGGCUUCACCACUUCAUCACGUGUAUAUUGUUUAAAACACCUGACCCGUCUGCUCUGAAAUUCUGGUAAGCUGGCCCAAGGCUCAGUUAAGUCGACCUUCUCUCCCAGAACGUACCCAGUUGUUGGUAUGAACAGCAUUGAAUGACCACUUUUUUGUCUGUGUGAAAUAAAAAAUAUAAUAAAGUUUAAGUGUGUACUGUAUAUAAAUAAUUCAUUUUUUUUGUAAAAACUGAAAAACUUUAGCUUCCAAAUGCCCAAAGAACAUUUGUCUCAAAGGCACAAGAUGUUAUUAAUGGGUGCUGAACUCACUGCUAACCUGAGAGAAAUCAUUCAUUCGCAUAGUAACAGGAUUGUAAAUACAGUUUAAUCUAAGUGUGAACGAUAUUGUAUUAAUGAAAAGAUCAGUAUUGUUUACUGCGGUAUGUUACUGUUUUCUCUGGAAAAAAUGCAGACAGAUGAUGUAAUCAUAUUAUUGUUUGAAGAAUAAUAAUUUCCAAGUUACUGUAAAAAAAAAAAUGAGGGGAAAAAUGCCCUGAAUAAUAAUAUUUGAAACCUAA